AUGUGGUGGAAGGAGACCGUCGACUGGUUGAUGAGAGCCUACAAGAAAGAGUUCAACUGCUGCUUUGGCGAGGAGACGGCGGAGGAUUUUGCGACGCGUCAGAAAAUGCAACCGCGAGCCAAGCUUUCCCUCUUCCCACCCGAAGCCGAAGAGGAUCUUGAGUUGCGUGCGAUCGUGUUCAUCCCGUCGCUCUUGCUCCACAUUGCCCUUGUGUUCUUCACGGGGCUGCUCAUCCUCCUGUGGUCUCUUCAUCCCAAGGUGGCCGUUUCCGCGUCGGCGUUCGUCGGUGCACUCGUGGUCUUCCAACUCGUCGUGACGAUCUUGCCGACAAUCCGAUGGGACUGUUGUUACCGCUCCCCACAAGCGGUGGCUGUGUACAUCAUUUACAGCAUCGGCCGAAACGGUGUGAUCAGAAUGGUUCACGCCAGGGCCAGGUCGAUUCGUCGGCUCACCCGGUACCUGUUCCGCUCCCUCGCUACCUUGGAUCUGUGGGCCCGGAGGCUGGAGGAAACUCCAGGCUGGCGUGGGCGGGAACGGUCGGACAUCCCGCACGCGCCAAGGGAGCUCGACCAGAGUAUCGCUGUCAUGCCAUAUACUACCACACUAUCCACACAUUACCUCGAGACGUUGCACGUCGUUCUCUCGGACCUGCCGAGAGAGCAGAUUACGCUCUGCUUCGAGGACAUCUUCGGGGCGUGAGAGGGACAGUGGGGAAAGAGCGCGUGGCGGCACACGCACAGCGUCCGCAAGGAGUUCCUCGUCCGUCCGGUGUUGAUGGCUCUGAGACACUUGCUCGCCAGAGAUGUACGUUCAGUGGACGGCGCACUCGAAGUCUUUGUUGGAGCGCUUUCUUCCGAACGUGCCCUUCCCUGACGUGGAACUCUGCACCUCGACGUUCUCUCUGGUUGCAGGUGGACGUGGGGAUGUUGUCGAGCUGGCUCUGUCGAGACUCGAACACCAGCUUGCAAUGUACCAAGCGCGAGGCAUGCGGUUGUCGUACAGGGCGUGUCAAAAUGUGUUAACAGUGUACGAGCGGCGGGUUGAAGACGUGGACCUGGCAGAGCUUCGAG